AUGCACAGAAAGAAAUCAUCCGAGCUUGGUUUCCCUGGUUUUGUAUUCCCAGACACCAGCGGUCAACAGCAUGCACUCGCCUCCGCAAUCAAUGGCCUGGACUACGGCUCUUCCAGUCUUUGGAGCACAUCUACUAUCGAGGGGUAUCUGAAGCAGCAUAAUAUGACCGAGGGCCGACUGAACGAUAUGGCCAUUCGUAACCUCAUCGGAUACUACUAUGUCAACCUGGACAAUGGCACACAACCUUUGACAGCCGAACAGGACGCAUAUGUUGAUGUCCGUGGUAACUACGCUAAGCUGAUUCGCUCUCACGGAUCCAAGUCGAUGGCCCUUCUUAAAAACGAGAACAACGCUCUUCCCCUCAACAAGCCCCAUAAAAUGGCAAUUUUCGGCUCUCAUGCCCGCGCCGCUAUUGCUGGACCGAAUAUGGAAUUCAGCGUUGAGGGAUCUAGUCCUGUUUACGAUGGCCACCUGGCCACUGACUCUGGCUUUGGACAAGGAUCUCUGCCUUACCUCAUUACUCCCGAGACUGCGUUUACCAUCAAGGCCGCUCAGGAUGGUACCAUGCUCCACUGGGUUGCGAACGGUACCUACUCCUCUUCCGGUGGCUCGACUCUUGUGGUGCAAGGAUCAGACAGCACUGCCGUGACUCCAUCCAUCAGCAAUUAUGCAGAAAACAUGGACGACGCUCUCGUCAACGAAGUCGCAGAGAAUUGUGCCAACACGGUGGUAGUUAUCAACACUGUUGGCGCUCGUCUCGUCGACCAGUGGAUUGAACAUGAGAACGUGACCGCACUACUGUAUGGCAAUCUUUUGGGUCAGGAGUCUGGAAACUCCAUCAUUGAUGUUCUGUACGGCGACGUGAACCGCAGCGGACGACUGAUCUAUACCAUUGCCAAGAACGAGUCCGACUACAACGUCGGAAUCUGUGAGUCUCACAACUGCAGCUUUACGGAGGGUAACUAUAUCGACUACCGUUACUUCGAUGCCUACAAAGUUACCCCUCGCUACGAGUUUGGAUACGGUCUCUCGUAUACCAACUUUACUUACUCGAACCUGAAGGUUCACUCGCCGAAGCUGCUCUCGAAGUAUCCGACCGGCAAGCUCUCCGUUGGUGGUUAUGAGGAUCUGUGGGAUAUUGUGUCCAAGAUCAGCGCCACUGUUCGCAACACGGGGACCGUAGAUGGCGCAGAGGUGCCUCGGCUCUAUAUCAACUACCCGAAGUCGGCUCACCCAGCCUCUGCGUCAGCUGCGGGGGUUCGAGAACGUUGA